UGUACCUGGAGUCACAAAACAAGCGUUCCCCUGCAGCCUCCCUAUGACCCGCCCCCGCGAACCAGAAACAGGAGAUAGUCUGACGGAUAGCGCAGAAGAAAGCCAGGCUGGAGCUGACCCGGGAAGUCGGAAGUCUGCAAGAGUCAACGCAGAACAACGCCAUUUCACCACCAGUUAAGGGAACAGCAAACUGACGCUACAGAAUGGCGAUGGAUAUCUACGACUCUCAGUACCUGCUGAUCCUGGCCCCUUCCCUGGUCAUUGCCCUCAUGUUCCUCUUCUUCUGGCUCUUCAUGAAGGAAACCUCCUACGAUGAGGUUCUGGCCAGGCAGAAACGCGACCUCAAGCUACCACCAUUCAAGCCAGAAACCCGGAAGAAGAAUGAAAAAAAGAAGAGCAAGAAGAAGGAGAUUGCCAGCGGAGGUGGAGGUGGCGGCGGAGGUGGAGGAGAGUCGGAAGAGGAUCUUCGGGAUUUUGAUGUUGCUGAUGGCGCCAACGGCUCCACUCUGGAGGUAGAGGAGGAACCUGCACCAGUAGCUACACCAGAUCCUGCUCCACCGUCACCAAGUCCCAAUGUGCCUGUUUCAGUGUCACCUGAGGCACCUACUGGUCUGAGGGAGAGAAAGAAGAAGGAGAAAAAGGCUGCCAGGGCUGCUGCAGCGGCCGCUGCCGCCGCCGCCGCUGCUGCAGCAGCUCCUUCUGAGGAGCCUGAAGUGAACGGCUCACAGCCGAUCAGUCGCAAAGCACAGCAACCUUCCUCCCCUCAGCUUGAGGUCCAGGUCCAAGCCGCUCAGGCUCCUGUCCAGGCUCAGACACCUCCCCAGAUCUCUGGGAAGAAAAAGGAGAAGAAGAAACAAAAAACCGAGUCUGUUACAGUGAAUGACCAGCAGCCAGAGGUGAUAGCUGAGCAGCAUCCAGCUCCAGUCAAGAAGGAGGCUCCUAUUAUGUCUGAAACCAGAGUUAUGGACGGUGCAACCCCAGCGGCUACCGGUGGCAAGAAGAAGAACUCUGCCAAGAAGCAGAAGACCGAGCAUACUAAUGUAGAUGAAGCCCAUGUUCUGGUUGACAAUGUAACUCCUGCCAACCACCAAGCGGGCCAUAACGAUGAUGUGCCAUCCAAAGGGAGUGGCAAGAAGCAGAAGAAUGAGACUGACAAAGAGAACACAGGGGUGAAGCUGAAGGAGCUGCUGUCUGGUCUGUCCAGCCUGCCUCUGUCAGAGGCCGAGGCUGUCAGUGUGAUGGUUCUCCUCCGGGAGAAGAGCCCCAAUGCAUUGGAUGCCUGGCACAAAUCUGCAGGUAGGCCUGACCCAGCUGCACAAGAACGAGAGAGACUUCUUACAACUCUGCAGGAGGAGGCUUCCAUUGCAAAGGACAAAGUGAAACAGCUUAGCCAGGAGCUUCAUGUUGAGAAGCAAAAGACAGGCCGGGUGGAGGCCGUGAUGAAAGAGCAACGUACAGCCAUGGAGAAAGAACUGGGCAGCAUGCAAGGCAAAGCACAGGGCAGCUACCAGGAGCUUCAGACCAUGCAGAUAAAGUUCCAGCAGGUGAGGGAGCAGCUGGAAAGCCAGAUCACUCGGCUGCAGCAGGAGAACUGCAUUCUGAGGGACGCAGUCAGCUCUGCCACCAACCAGAUGGAGAGCAAGAAUUCAGCAGAGCUGAACAAGCUGCGUUCUGAGUACAGCGGUCUGAUGAAAGAGCUGGCAGACAACAACAGCAAGUUGCAGCAGGAGGAGCACCAGAGGAAGUCACUGGAGGUCAACUACAAGCAGAAUGUGUCCCAGCUGGAGGCCCAACUGCAGGAUGCUAAGCGACGUUGGGAAGAACUGCAGAACUUCCUCCACAAUGUCAAUGCUGAGAGAGAGAAACUCCAGGCCUCAAAUAAAGAGCUUCACGGCCAGCUUUUGUCAGUGGAGACUGAGAUGAACAACAAGAACAAGGAGAUCCAGACCCUACACAGCAGUCUGACUGAAAACAUGCUUUCCAAGGAUCGGCUGGAGCAGAGAGUGAUGGAUCUUAUGGAGAUGUCCCAGCACAGUAUGCCUGAUGACUCGCUGCAAAUCCGGGUUCAGGACCUUAUGAAUGAAAACAAUGGUCUUCAGGUCCAGAGUGAGACCCUGCAAGUCCAUAAUGAGACACUGCAGGCCCAGAUCUCUUCACAGGUCACCCAUGUCUCUCACAUGGAGGAGCUGCAGAAGCUAUUGGCUGAUAAGGAGUUGCAGAGAAAGAGUCUGGAGGAUUCUCUAAAUGCUGAGAGGAGCAGUGGGGCCGGUAGAGAAACCAACAUGCAGGCCUUGCACAAUGACAACAUGUCCCUAAAGGCAGAGGUCCACAAUCUGCAGGCACUGAUUUCUGAUCAGACUGCCUCCCAACUGGCUUUGGACCAGUUCCAGAAGAGUGUCCGAGAGAAGGACGACAACAUGAGAACCAUAGAGGACCUGCUCGAGAAGGGGCUGAUUGAAGUGGCCAACAAGGAAGAGCAGCUCAAGGCUGUAAGAGAAGAAAAUGAGGCACUAAGAGACGAAACCGAGGCCCUAAAAGAAGAAACCGAGGUCCUGAAGAGAAAGACAGCAGAACAGGGAUCAUCAGAGUCCAUAGUGGAAGAACUCCAGAUAAUGAUCAAAGAGAAGGAUGUGAUGCUAAAAUCUAUGGAGGAGAGUCUACAGACGGCACAAGACGGCAGCUCUACCAGAGAGAAAACGGUAGAGGCUCUGGAGCAGCAGUUGGCUGCCCUGCAGGCGGAGAUGGAGCAGCUGAGACAGAGGGAGACGCCAGAAGAGUUGACCCGUUCUGGUACCCAGCUCCAAGAACUUCAGGCUCAGCUAGCAGUGAAGGACCAUGACAUCCAGAUGCUGCAGGCUGAGCUGGAGGCAAGAACUAAGGAGCUGAGUGAGAAGGUGGAGCAGGUCCAUCAGCAGCAGUCUCACACUGCAGUGCCAAGCCCAGAGCUUCUUACAGCGUUGUCAGAGAAGGAGAAGCAGGUCUCAGAUCUGCAGGGUGAGCUGGCCGAGCUGAGGGACUCCCUGGAGCUUCAUAGGAAGAAGAACAACGAGCUCCGGGAGAAAAACUGGAGUGCAAUGGAAGCUCUGUCAGCCACCGAGUCCAUGCUUCAAGGGAAACUCAGCAAAGCUGUCAAGGAGAACCAGACGGCUCUGGCAGUGUGUCAGGCCGAGUGUCGAGAAGUCCUGCACAGAUCUCUGCCCCAUGUGCCUCUGCCCAGUGAGCAGAACCAUCAGGAGUGGCUCCACAGAUUUGAGGGGGCAGUAGCUGAAUGCUCAGCUGCGCAAUCCACCCCUGCAUCAGGGGACUCUAUGGGACUGGUUGAGAAGAUGAAAGAAGCUGAGGAAACCCAAAGGAUUCUCCAGAAGGACUGUGAGACGUACAAGAAGGUGUUGGCAGAGACGGAGGGCAUCCUGCAGCGCCUCCAGAACAGCGUGGAGCAGGAGGAGACUCGCUGGAGGGGGAAGCUGGAUUUAUCACAGGGCGAGCUCAGAGAGAUGAGCCUGAAAGUCACAGCUCUGGAGCAAGAGAUCGAGAGACUAACUGAUGGAGCAGAGUUGGAAAAUCUGAGGAGAGAAAAGCAGCACUUGGAGUCUGAGUUGGAGAGAGCGGAGCGUGAGAGUGCCAUCUAUGUAACAGAAGUCAGAGAGCUCAAAGAUCUGUUGACUGAGUUGCAGACCAGACUCGAUGGCUCAUAUACAGAGGCUGUCAGACAGAAUGAGGAGCUGACUUUGCUGAAAACCCAGCUCACCAAGACUCUGUCCAAGCUGGAGAGCGAAGAGAAUGAGCGGCAAAAGGUGGCUGGUGACCUGUCUACGGCCCAGCAGUCUCUUGAUCUGAUCCAGGGGGAGCUCUCAAAAGUGACGGACAACGCUGGUGACCUGAUAGAGAAUAGCAGCCUGUCGUCACAGAGAGAAGAGAUUGACAGAAAGGAGAAGAUGGCUGCAGGACUGAACCAAACGGUCAAAGAACUGCAGCAGCUGCUACAAGGCAUCAGCCGGCAACUCACCAAGAGACAGGAGGGGGAGGCUGACAAAGAGCUGCCCAAGGUAUAGUGAGAGGAGGACAAACGCCCACGCAGCCACCCUGACUGCACUACAGAGACCACCUUUGACCUUUUGGUCUCAUCACUACCACCGUCGCACAUACUGUCACACCCAGCCGUCCCCUUUUCCCAACCACCUUCACCUGUACUAGAGGCAGCCGCCAGCAAACCGCUCAUAGUCUGAUUGUUGGCCGUAAGGGAGCAGGUAGAGGUUACUGUUAAUUCGAAACACUCCAGACACUGUACCACAACACACUACUCCACUCCCACCACAUUCCUCUUUUUCAGCAGCAUCGCCAGUUAAUUUUUAUUCUUAACUUAAAAGUGACAUCCAAUAUAUUUUUAAACUGUGUGGCAACCAUUCCUCUGUUUAAAAACACCUUUUGUUUUACAAUGACCUCCUUUUGAAUACUGCAGUAGUAUUUGUUAUUUGUCAAGAGAGGGCAGUGAUACAAAUUUCCAACUUGUUGAAACAAACUUUGGGGUUUCAGUCCUCUUUUUUUCUUAACUUAAAGGUAUGUAUUGUUUAAAUGUAUCAGUUAGGACCUGCUGAAACACACUAUGUUGUUGCUCUGUUUGCCUCCUGACCAGAAAACUAUCUCAAACUGUGGAUCAUUGUGCAUUCAUGAAUUUAUAGCUCCAUGCAUACCUUGGCUCAGUGUUGGGUGGGAGAAGGGAGGUCAAAAGGGGUCUCGGCAUAUCAGACGGGUCACUACGUGACUAACUAUGGAGAUGCAUGGACAUAUUGUAGUCAGGUUUGUACUGCAGCUCCAGAGAGAAGUAAGCCUGUGACCCUGGCUGUGAGAAGAGAAGGCCAGGUCAACAGUGUAGAGGUUUUUAAUCCUUCUGCAACUACUCUAGGAAUAAGCGUCCCAUAUCAUUUGUAAUCAACACUCGCUAUAUUGUUGCUAAGUUCAUUAACACUGAAAAUUUUGUUCUUUUUGUAACCGGCGAUGUUAAUAAAAGGGAUGCUUGAUGAGUCUGA